AUGCGUAUUGGCAGCCACGUCAGCCUGCCCCAGGGCAGCUGUGGCAACAAGCCUUGUUUACCACCACCAGACAGUCUACAAAACAAAGCUGUAGUCCCGGAUCGACUGCAUGGAUGUCAGGACAGUCCAGGUCUGCAGCAUCAGGUUAUGACCAGGUUUCUCCAUCGCACUGGCAUCACUGUUGGUGAACUGGACAAAUUCAAUAUAAUCCAUGUUACUGGGACCAAAGGAAAGGUGGAUCAACGUGCUUUCGCUGAAAGAAUACUCAGGAAUUCUGGAUUUCGGACCGGAUUUUACAGCUCUCCACACUUGGUUCAUGUCAGAGAGAGAAUAUGCAUCAAUGGCUGGCCAAUCAGCAGGCAGCUUUUCACCAAAUACUUCUGGGAGGCGUAUGAGCAGCUGGAUGACUCAAAGGCCGCCCAUGGAGGCAGCAUGCCCUUCUAUUUCCAGUUUCUCACAAUGCUGGCCUUCCAUGUGUUUCUGCACAAGCUGGUGGAUUUAGCUGGGAUUGAAGUUGGGAUUGGAGGCGAGUAUGACUGCACCAACAUCAUCAGGAAGCCGUGGGUGUGUGGGGUCACCUCUCUGGAUUUUGAUCAUUGCAAUUUGCUCAGUGACACCAUGGAGAAGAUUGCAUGGCAGAAAGCUGGGAUAUUCAAGCCUGGUGUCCCAGCAUUCACUGUCAGCCAGCAGCUAGGUGCUCUGAAGGUCCUGCAGGACAGAGCUGAAGGCAUUGGGUGUCCUCUGUCUGUCUGUCCAGAACUGGAUCAUUAUGAGGCCCUGGUUGGGCCUUUAAGUCUGGGACUGGUAGAAGACCGCAAGCGCUUUAAUGCAUCCCUGGCCCUGCAGCUCAGUAACAGCUGGCUGCAGCACACAGCUCAGGAGACAGGAGGUCUACAGCAGACAGAGUGGUUAGGACGAAACCAGACACUGAGGCGUGGCUCUCUUACAUAUUACGUGGACGGAGCUCAUACCUCAGCCAGUAUGAAGGCCUGUGUCUGCUGGUUCAGAGACCAGACCAACUCUCCACAGCAUCAGUUUGCAACGCGUUGUCUCAAUGCACAGAAAACCAGAGCAUCUGGCUGA